ACGUGAUUAAAUUAUUCACAUUGUUAGCAAUUCAUGCAUUUUUUUGGAUCGAAUGACAGUACACCUUUGACAGAUGGCGUUUGUGGAUUGUUCAAAUUGUGUUUUAAUCAUUCCCGGUUUGUUUGCGUAUUUUGAGAAACAAAUAAAAUGUCAGAAUCACUGCAUGAUAUGGCCUAUCGCGGCAAAACCGUCGAUGUUAAACGUUGUUUAAGCGAAAACGAAAAAUUAAAGUUAGCGAAAGACACCAAUGGUCGGAUGCUGAUACAUUGGGCAGCGCUUGGGGGCCACGAUGAAUUGGUCAGAUAUUUAUUAUCUCUUGCGGUACCGGUAGAUCCAACCGAUGACAUGGAUAUGACACCGUUAAUUUUAGCAGCUUCGGCGGGUCGUGAAAAAGUAGUCAAGACAUUGUUAACCGAAGGAGCAAAUGUUAAUGCUAAAACACAGGAUGGCCAUUCCGCUUUACAAUACGCAGCAUCAAAGAACUGGAAGUCUAUUUGCGUUGCAUUAUUAGAAAAAGAUGCAGAUGUUAAUAUCACGGAUAAACGCGGUGCUACGCCGUUGCAUAGGGCAGCAUCAAAAGGGAACAUUGCCAUUGUGAAACUUCUGAUCGAAUGCGGAAAAAAUUUAAAGAUAGAUAGCAAAGACGCCGAUGGCAAUACCCCAUUGCAUUUAGCAUGCGAAGAAAAUCGCGUCGACGAAGCUAAGCUUUUGGUAAAAAAUGGCGCCAAUUUAUUAUUGAAGAAUAAAGAAGAAAAAACUCCUCUGGAUCUUGCAAGUGUAUCAUUGGUACGGCACUUAAAGGAAUUGGAAGAAGACUGAUUGUAAACAGUGGGGAUUAAUUUAUUAAUAUCAUUGGUUCAGUGUUAUUCAAUCUUUCUUGUGUUUUUUCAACUUUACUUUCGUCAAAAAUUAAAUAAACAUUUUUUGACAUACAUGCUUAAAUAAAUAUUCGAACGUAUACAACAACCGAACAUUAUCGAUUUUUAAAUUGUAUUCUUUAUUACUUCAUCUUCAAUAGUUUGUUAUAAUAUUUAUACCAGUGGAUUUACAUGAUAUUAUCAAAAUAAUAUACAUGGUGUUAUCAAAAUAACAAGUAACCACAUUUUAUUACUAAUAAACGUUUUACCAUACUAAAUGAUUUGUUAACAUUUUUUAAAUAAUACUAUUAAUAAUAAAAGUAUCAAAAUCAACGUACAAAUAGCCAAAAUGUCGAUUGAAAAUCACUGACCAAAUAAUAAUUUUUCUACCCUUAAUUUCCAGUUUUUAUUAUGCCAUUCUUUUAACAUAUUCAAGUGUCGUAAAUGCUCGAUUGACGUAUGUAUAUAUAUAUAUAUAUAUAUUUUUUUUUUUAAUAUAUAUAUUUAUAUAAAAAGUAUCAAAACAAUUUAUUGUUUUGUUGGUCAAAACUUAUUCAUCUACUUGCUGAACUCCUCUGUUUAUCCUUCCAGUUCAUUUAUUCUUUUUACACCUACUGGUUCCAAUCCCGUUGGAAUUUAUAUUCCUAAAAAGUGGCGAUUGCUUCAAAAAUUAUUUCCUUAAAUAAAACGUACUAAAAUCGAAAGUCAGUAUUUCCUACGUUUGCGAGUUUUACAGCCAUUUACGGCUGAUGUACGAAAAAAUAUUUACCUCUCGAUGGACAUGAUUCAAUACAAUAUUUCAUUUUUAUUUAUGAAAUUAUAAUUUAUUUCUUAUUAAGUAAAUCCGUCGAAAAUGUAUAUAAAGUUUAUUAAAUUUAUUCAAAAGUUUUUCAGAUUUAAUUAUAAUCGUUACGUGGAGAAAAUCGUCCACGACGCGUUAAGUGGCAGUUCAAUUGCAAAUUUGAAAAGCCCGCCUAAAAAGUCACUAGAAAGCUUUUAAUAUAAAAAAAGAACAGGCCGGUUUUGUCCAUAUACAAUUACUUAGUCGUAUCAAAAAAAUAUGAUAACCCUGAUAAUAUAUACAGACUACGCUAUAAAAGACACGGUAUCUAGGAAAUAAUAUUUCCGUAUCAAACAUAACAAGUCUGUUUUCACGUGAUUAGUGAUUUCAAAUUAUUCCUAGUCUUUUAUCAACGUUGAAGUUGGUUACAUUCAUACAACUAGGUAUUUUUGUCUUAACAAAUAUCUAGAUCUAUAGUUGAUUUGAUUAAAAAA